AUGUCGACCCCCAAGAGAAGAACCCCGGCCAAGCUGGCCACGCCGGUCGUCAAGCCGGAUGCGAGGAGGGCAGCCCGGAGCACAAUCGAUGAGUCCAGAACAACCGUCUCCAACACCGAUGCUCUGCGCAGCUCGCAGGCCGAGACGAUAGAGAUCUCGUCCGACCCGGACAGCGACGAGGACAUGUCCGACGUCGAGGACAAGCCGUCCACCAAGGCCGCCGCCGACGCAGACGACGACGACGAGGAGGAGACGUCGCCCUCGUUUGGCGAGCUGCUGCGCGGCAGCGAGGCCAUCGACGUCGCCGCCAUUCUGCAGCAGUCGUCGACAGACAGCAACGCCGCCGCCCAGGCGUCGCGCAGCGCCAUUGCGCCUCCCUCGCACCAGUCCCUCACCACCGUCCUCACCCAAGCCCUCAAGACCGACGACACAGACCUGCUCGAGUCCUGCCUGCACACGACCGACAUCCACACCAUCCGCAACACAAUCGAGCGCAUCGACAGCUCCCUGGCCGGCAUCCUGCUCAACAAGGUCGCCGCCCGCCUGCACCGACGGCCCGGCCGCGCCGGCACCCUCAUGACCUGGGUGCAGUGGACGCUGGUGGCCCACGGCGGCGCGCUGGCCGCCCAGCCCAAGCUGCUGCACGACCUCAACAGCCUGCAAAAGGUGCUCGCCGAGAGGGCAAAGGGGCUCAACAGCCUGCUCGCCCUCAAGGGCAAGCUCGACCUUCUCGAGGGCCAGAUGGAGCUCCGCCGUAGGAUGCAGAGGAGCGCCGGCCUGCUCGGCGAGGGCGACGACGACGACGCCGACGACGAGGACGUCAUCUACGUCGAGGGCGAGGAGCGCGACGCCGAGCAGAAGAACCUUGCCAACGGAGUGCGCUCGCGGAGGCGCGGCGAGGCCGGCGCCGACGCCGAUGACGAUGAGGACGACGACGACCGCGUGCUCAACGGCUUCAUUGGCGACUCGGAGGACGAGGAGGAGGGCUCCGAGCAGGACGAAGAGGAGAGCGAUGCGGAGGAUGACCAGCUGGACGAGGACGAGGUCGACUUUGACGACGUGGACGAGUCAAUGGGCGAGGACGAGGAGAGCGAUGUCGAGGUUGCGCCGCCGACCAAGAUGCAGAAGGUGUCCAAGACAUCUGCAAAGAAGAAGUGA